UUUCGGGGACCAGAUUCGCUUCCCUGGCCCCGGACGAUCCCUUCCGCUUGCUUUUCCCGGCGGGCUCCCGGCGUGACAUCGGCGGAGGAGCGGGGAGCCGUCCGUCUGCAUGAGUGCGCGCGCGGAGCAGCGGAAGAAUGGCCGUGCUCAAACUCACCGACCAGCCACCACUGGUCCAAGCAAUCUUCAGUGGAGAUCCAGAGGAGAUACGCAUGCUCAUCCACAAGACGGAAGAUGUGAACGCACUGGAUUCUGAGAAACGAACCCCUCUUCAUGUGGCUGCAUUUCUGGGAGAUGCAGAGAUCAUUGAACUCCUGAUUCUUUCAGGAGCUCGUGUAAAUGCCAAGGACAACAUGUGGCUGACCCCACUGCACCGGGCUGUUGCUUCCAGAAGUGAAGAAGCGGUGCAAGUAUUGAUCAAGCACUCGGCCGAUGUCAAUGCGAGGGACAAGAACUGGCAGACCCCCCUCCACGUGGCAGCGGCCAAUAAGGCCGUCAAGUGCGCAGAAGUGAUCAUCCCGCUACUGAGCAGCGUCAACGUCUCGGACCGAGGUGGGCGCACAGCCCUGCACCACGCGGCCCUGAACGGCCAUGUAGAGAUGGUCCAUUUACUUUUGACCAAAGGGGCAAACAUCAAUGCAUUUGACAAGAAGGACCGACGGGCCCUCCACUGGGCAGCAUAUAUGGGCCACCUGGACGUUGUGGCAUUGCUCAUUAAACAUGGUGCGGAAGUUACCUGCAAGGAUAAGAAGGGAUACACCCCUCUGCAUGCUGCGGCCUCCAACGGGCAGAUCAAUGUUGUCAAGCAUCUGCUGAAUCUGGGAGUAGAGAUUGACGAGAUCAAUGUCUACGGGAACACGGCGCUGCACAUAGCCUGCUACAACGGGCAGGAUGCGGUCGUGAACGAGCUCGUUGACUACGGCGCUAACGUGAACCAGCCCAACAACAACGGCUUCACCCCGCUGCACUUUGCGGCUGCCUCCACGCACGGGGCUUUGUGUCUGGAGUUACUGGUAAACAACGGGGCUGAUGUGAACAUUCAGAGUAAAGAUGGCAAAAGUCCUCUGCACAUGACAGCUGUGCAUGGAAGGUUCACACGGUCACAAACCCUCAUUCAGAAUGGUGGUGAAAUUGACUGUGUGGAUAAGGACGGCAACACUCCUCUCCACGUGGCUGCACGAUAUGGUCAUGAGCUUUUGAUCAACACCUUAAUCACCAGUGGAGCUGACACAGCCAAGUGUGGAAUCCAUAGCAUGUUUCCCUUACAUUUAGCUGCCCUAAAUGCUCACUCUGACUGCUGCAGAAAGUUGUUGUCAUCAGGACAAAAGUAUAGCAUAGUAUCCUUGUUUAGUAAUGAGCACGUGCUGUCUGCAGGCUUUGAAAUAGACACCCCAGAUAACUUUGGAAGAACAUGCCUUCACGCUGCUGCUGCGGGAGGUAAUGUGGAAUGUAUAAAACUCUUGCAGAGCAGCGGAGCAGACUUCCAUAAAAAGGACAAGUGUGGGAGGGCGCCUUUGCACUAUGCGGCUGCGAAUUGUCAUUUCCACUGUAUUGAGACAUUAGUGUCCACAGGAGCCAAUGUCAAUGAAACAGAUGACUGGGGACGGACAGCUCUUCACUAUGCUGCUGCGUCAGACAUGGACAAAGAUAAGACGAUCUUGGGAAAUGCCCACGAAAGUCCAGAAGAACUUGAAAGAUCCAGGGAGGGGAAGGAGAAGGAGGCUGCCCUAUGUUUGGAGUUUCUGCUUCAGAAUGAUGCAAAUCCAUCUAUCAGAGACAAGGAAGGCUACAAUAGCAUACAUUAUGCUGCUGCCUAUGGCCACAGACAAUGUCUGGAAUUGCUUUUGGAAAGAACCAACACUGGUUUUGAAGAAUCAGAUUCUGGUGCUACCAAGAGUCCGCUCCACUUAGCUGCCUACAAUGGGCACCAUCAAGCCCUGGAGGUCCUUUUGCAGUCACUAGUGGACCUGGACAUCAGGGAUGAGAAAGGCCGCACAGCUCUGGAUUUGGCUGCCUUCAGAGGACACACGGAGUGUGUGGAGGCACUUAUUAAUCAGGGCGCAUCCAUCUUUGUGAAAGACAGUGUAACCAAAAGAACUCCACUUCAUGCUUCAGUUAUUAACGGUCACACCCUGUGUUUGAGGCUAUUACUAGAAAUUGCAGAUAACCCGGAAGUGGUUGAUGUGAAAGAUGCCAAAGGACAAACUCCGCUGAUGCUUGCGGUAGCAUAUGGACACAUUGACGCUGUUUCAUUGUUACUUGAAAAAGAAGCAAAUGUAGAUGCUGUUGACAUCAUGGGAUGCACAGCUUUACAUAGAGGGAUUAUGACAGGCCAUGAGGAAUGUGUGCAGAUGCUGCUGGAACAGGAAGUGUCCAUCCUCUGCAAAGAUUCCAGAGGAAGGACGCCUUUGCACUAUGCAGCUGCGCGGGGCCACGCCACGUGGCUGAGCGAGCUGCUCCAGAUGGCUCUUCCGGAGGAGGACUGCUGUUUCAAAGACAACCAAGGCUACACGCCCCUGCACUGGGCUUGUUACAAUGGUAAUGAAAACUGCAUAGAGGUACUUUUGGAGCAAAAGUGUUUCCGCAAAUUUGUUGGUAAUCCCUUUACUCCACUUCACUGUGCGAUAAUAAAUGAUCAUGAGAACUGUGCCUCAUUGCUCCUCGGGGCCAUCGAUUCCAGCAUUGUCGGCUGUAGAGAUGACAAGGGCAGGACACCCCUUCACGCGGCAGCCUUCGCGGAUCAUGUGGAGUGCUUGCAGCUGCUGCUGCGGCAUGACGCUCAAGUGAAUGCCGUGGACAAUUCAGGGAAAACAGCACUGAUGAUGGCUGCCGAGAACGGGCAGGCGGGUGCUGUGGAUGUUUUGGUGAACACUGCCCAUGCCGACUUGACUGUGAAGGACAAGGACUUGAAUACUCCCUUGCAUCUGGCUAGCAGUAAAGGUCAUGAAAAAUGUGCCUUGUUAAUACUUGACAAGAUACAGGAUGAGAGCCUCAUUAACGCAAAGAAUAAUGCUCUGCAGACACCUCUCCACAUUGCUGCACGCAAUGGCUUGAAGGUGGUAGUCGAAGAGUUGUUGGCCAAAGGAGCCUGUGUACUUGCUGUAGAUGAAAAUGGUCAUACCCCGGCCCUGGCUUGUGCUCCUAACAAAGACGUGGCUGACUGCCUGGCACUCAUUUUGGCUACCAUGAUGCCUUUUUCUCCUUCCAGUACAAUGACGGCUGUCAACUUGGUUUGUUUUAAAAAAGACAAUUUGAGCAGGACGACCCUCUCCAAUCUGGGUAGCAUGGUUAGCCUGUGCAGUAACAACGUAGGCUCUGAGGAUGGGUACAAUGACAAUGACUCCGAUUCCGAAACAUUCUGACUUUGGACUGUUGAGGCUUUUCCUUGAUUAUCUGCGCUGGAGGAAGGGAAAGCAGCUUGAAUUCCAGGUUUAUACUGUGUUCAAGAACUGGGGACCCACGCUUCCAGAGGCCAGGAGGAAAGGAGUCAAUCCAUUCUAGGGAGAGCAGCUAGGCUGUAAGCUGAAAUGCACACAGAUGGGCCCAGAUUUUAUUUUGUUUUGUUUCAUGUUUUCUUUAAAUCUAAGGUACUUCCAUGAAAGUCUACCUCUCAUUUUAAGUAAGGAUUUUUUUAAAAAAAUAAUCAGUUCUUUUUCUUUGGGGAUAAUGCAACAGAGAUACCACUGUUUAUACUAUAAAGAUUUUUUUCUUCAUGUACUUAGCAGUGAAUUCUAAGAAGUCUAUCAAGGUGACACUUAUGUCCCCUGGGAAGGGAGGGAAGAAGUGGAUAGGAAAUGCCUCAAACCUCUUCUCACUUUGAUGUUUACUUCCUCAUAGAAGCCAAAGGUAAAAUAUUCAUCUUCAGAAAUAAUGCUUGUAAUCAUCCUUGUAAGGGAGUGCAGCUAGGCCUUCCCCUCUCUGUAGUAAGCACUUAAAUAUACAGAACUUCUUUCCAGAGUUCUCUGUUAAGGGUGACAGAUGAAUGGAAAAACAGAACAAGUUUGUAUUGUUUUACACAAACAUGGUAUCCAAUGCUCCUUGUAACAAGUCUGUGACUAGUUUUUCACCCAAGUGAUUGAACCCCAAAUUAGCUAAUAACAUCUCAGAUGAAAACCUCAUUGCACCAAAAGCUCAAGGCAAUAUCCAAAUGGAAUAUGAAACUACCCUUUGCUAAUUCCUUCUUAAAUUACCAACUUUUUAAGGUCAUCAGACUUGCCAGCAUUGUUCAUCACUAUUCAGUUAUUCAGUGAGAUUCUCAGUCAAGGUUAGGCCAAGGGAGCGAAAGUGUGACCAUGAGAGAGAACUGAGAAGCUGAAAUAGAAGCGGGAGUUACAGAAAUGAAAGCCAAUUGUCAGUUGCUUGGUGAUAAAAACAGUGUAGUGAAUACUGAGUCUGCUCCUUCUGCCAAAGCUUCUAGGUCGAAUGGACCCCGUUCUGCACCUGGAACAGCUGCACAGAAAGAAGAAUGAGACUUUAAAAGUUAUGCACCUACACAUGUGCACAUAUGUGUGUGUAUAUAUAUAUAUAUGUAUGUAGUUCAUGAACCAGCUAUCCACAAGGACCAAAAUACUUCAGUAUAAAAUGGAAGAUUUCCAAUUUUUUUUUUCCUUCAACAUGCAAGUGAGAACUGUAGUAGCUUUUCUAUGGAGGUGAAAUGUAAUCUUUUUGUGUACUAGUCUUUAUUGUAUUUUAUAUUUCUUAUGACACAAAUGUCUAGUUGAUGGCAUAACAUUUGUAACUGAUGAUGUGUUGACCACAGUUUAUUUUUUUGCCAAACUAGAGAAAAAUGUCUGUAUACUUUUGAUGUAAAUGUGUUUAUAUUUAUUGAAAUGAAACAAAUGCUGAGAAAACAUCCACUGUCGUUUUUUUUUCUCUAUCUUAAUUGCCAUGUACCUUAUUUGAGGUAAUUUUUAAAAAGUGGAAAACAGCCUUGAUCUUGGGCUGGUCUAUUGCCCUGGAGACAAGCCUAGCAUUUCCACUAGUACUGUUCCUAGCCAACCUUCGGCUCAUCCGUUGUUCAGCCCCGUUCUGUAGCCAGCUUGGAGAUUAUACAUCAUCACUCUCCAUGUGCCCUACUGUGAGAUGGAAACUGGUGUGUAGUGGAUCAUAUACUACACAAAGGUGGCCCAAGAAAGACCCCCAAAUUACCUGAACUACACUGAAGAUUUCACAUGAUCCUGAUAACCUAAUGGGAAGCGAUGUCAACAGUGGGUAGAAUGCCAAAAAAAGGAAUCCCACUUAUGGAAGAUUCGAGAAAAGCAUAUGUAGCAUUAGGGCAGCACUUUUCAACAUUUUGCAAUAGGUUUCAUUUCGAUACAAAUUUUCUAUUUUUUGUGUACAUGAGUUAUUUUUUUACAAUGGUCUUCUCUCACAUCUGGAUCAGACACAGAUAAUGUAUUAUCUUUUUCAUCAAGCUGUAGAAGAUGUUGUCCAUACUCUUAAUAUCCUGGAUUUAAUUAAAACUCAUGUUAGGUUCUUCACAAAUGAGAACUUGUUCAAAGGUUUUAUAGAACUGAUUUUAAUUUCAUCAGGAGUUUUUUCACACCAGCAACAUUAGUUUUUUUUAGAAAAGUAAUUCUUAGUGUGGUGUUUUCUUUCUUCUUUUGUUCUGCUCUUUUUAUUUAGAAAAGGUGUGUUUUUUAAAAGUAAGUGAAUUGCUGAUGAGCACCAGUGACCUUAUCUUUACCAAAACACUGGAGAAGGGAGCUCUCUCUCUCCUGUUGAAGCGUGAUGUACUGUGGGGUCUUCUUCUCAGAGUGAAUGGAAAUCUUCUCAGCUGGUAUUGCAAAUAGAAAACGAAAUGCCAGCGUUAGUGAAGGUGCAGCACAAACAUGUGCCCAUAGAGUAGCGGGGCACAAGGAUCGCUUCCGCAAAGCUGUGAGCCAGCCGGAGGCCUCGUCUCCACGGAGCUGCCUCGAACUUCUCCACACUCUUCCUAACGGAGGGAGCACAAAGGCGCAAAUGAAAAUCAUGCUCACAGUGAACCAUUACCUCUCCUCCUUUCUCUCUGUUCUCUCCUUCUUUCUCUCUAUUUUCCCUUCCUUGAAAGACCAAAAUUGUUUUUUUUUUUAAAUGACUUUAAAAACCACACUUUCUGUGUAUUUCAGUUAUAUCUCUUAGAAAUAAAAGUAUGUAUACAACAUGGCUUUCUAAGGAAAAAAAGAAACAAAACAUGUUGUGUUUUUAAUCCAGUCUUAAGUUGAUUAGUGCUUUUACCUAAAUGUAUUAUCCUUAGUCUGUAUUUUAAGCACAGCUACUAGGAUCAUGUUUCAUUGCACUUACCUGACCACCAGUAUCUGCCUAUCUUUGGUAAAUACAUUACUAUCUCCAAAUUGCCUAAAAUCUGCUAUGAUUCUACAGUAAAUAGCUCAGGGGAUUUCUAUUUAUCACUACUAAAAGGGCACCGUAGUACGUUUUGGUACUUUCAGCAGUAAACAGCUGCUUGACAUUAUUUUAUUGUGAAGUUCAAGAGCAUCAAAUGGUUUGCUGCACUAGUUUUUCUUCGUACUGUUGAGCAACUUGGUUUGCUUAUCUAUUGCAUUGGUUGAAGAAUUCAUCCCUUUUUCAGUCUUGUAACAUAAAGUUAGAGUGCCUUUUUAUAUUUGUAUAUUCUGGAAACAUUCUGUGAAAUGUUUUGUAUUUUUGAGUGUUAUCAGAGCAAUAUAAUACCAGUAAGUUUUUAUUUCUAUCUUCUUUUGAAUGUACAAAGUGUCUUUUUUUUUUCCUUGUCUCUCCUAUCUCUGCUUUGAAAUGGAAACAAAAAUUCUGAAGUUUUCUAUAGGAAUUGUUUGAUUUUGCAGUGCUAAAAUGCUUUCUUCUUACAAAACUGUAAACCACAGGUCAGUAUUAUAGAGGGAAGGUGUUUUAAGAUAGCGACAAUCUGAGUGUGUGUAUGAGAUGUAAUUCUAUGUUUCUUAUGCAGUGAUCUAAAGAUUCAAUGCAAGUAUCUUUUGUUUGGUAGCUUUGUCAACAGACUUUAUGCUUUAGCAUGUGCAAUAUAUCCUUGCAAAGCACGAUAAUACAAAUCUGGUGCCAGUGUUAUAUUUUGCAUCACAUAUUUGUAAAACAAAAUAUUGUUUGAUGAUUUCAGUGGGAUUUUGUCUGUAAUGUUUUCUUAUGUAAAUUGGAGUUGAAUGGCUCUGGUAAAUGUCAUGUGUGUAAAAAUGAGAAAAAUGGCUUUCAGUUCAGUGAAUGACUUUGAACCAGUCUGAAUCUUCCCAAGCACAGUUCAAUACUUUUGGAACUACUGAAUGCUCUAAUAACAUGAUGAAGUACUCAACUGUAAUAUACUAUGGAAAUGCAUUCAGAUGGUUAUUUUUGCAAAUAAAAACGGUACAAAUAUUGUUG